AUGGGUGUCGAUUCCCCCCGUCGCACGUUCCUCUCCUCUCCCGCCACAGUCAAGCCUGGCGGAAACCCGGCCUACAAGGCCUCGGGCAAUCUCAUCGCCGCGGCCGCGCUCUCCGCUUCCGCCUCCGCGGCUUCCGCGACGGCUGCCGUCGCGCCUCCGCUGGCUUCUUCCGCCACCGGCGCUUCCCCGCUCGCCGCGGGGCUGUCUCCGCACCGCAAGGCUUCACCGAGCGCCCUUGCGCAGAUGAUGAUUCGGCGGGAGGCAGCAGCGGCUGGCGAUGUUACUAAAAACGCAUCCUCCUUCCUCUCUCCCCGAAAGAACAGCAGCGGCGCCGCCGCCAACGGCACCAACGGCGCCGUCGCGUCGGAUGGAUUAUCCUACACGACGUCCGAUGCCGCGACAGCCGGCUUCGUGUCUCUGAGUCUGGGCGACUCGGCGGACACAGCGGCGCGCGCAGCCAUGAAUCUCCUCUCCCUGGAAGACGCCCAGAACGUGAAAGCGCCACCGCCGCCUACCACGCCGCAAUCGGCGGCUGUGCUGAACGGGAGCGCCGGAUCGCCGCUCCUGAAACGCGUGGGCUCCGCCGCCGUCGCCGCCGCCGCCGCCGCCGCCACUAGUUCGCCUACUAAAAACGGCGCGGCGGCCGCCCCAGCUGCACCGGCGAAGUUCGUGUAUCACGAGGACAGGGUGCGCGUGGUGCGGCCCGAGGACGACGCGGACGGCAAGGCGCUGCGCGCCAAGCUGGUGGCGCUCGUGCCGUUCCAGAAGGGACAGCUGAUCGCCAAAAUCGAAGGCGUCUCCUGGGACGUGCCGUGCAGCUACAGCACGGUGCAGUACGGUGCGCAGCGGCACCUGGAGCUCAAUUCCGACUUAGUCUACAUGAACCACAGCUGCGACCCGAACGUGGCGGUGAGCGUGGGCGCCAUGGAAGUGCGCGCGCUGCAGGCCAUCCCUGCAGGCGCAGAGCUCACCUUCUUCUACCCCUCGUCCGAGUGGGAGAUGCAGCAGCCCUUCACGUGCUGGUGCGGCUCCGACAAGUGUGUGCGGCUGGUGGCAGGAGCCAAGUUCCUGACAGUGGACAAGCUGAGCCAGUACUUCGUGAACGCACACAUCCGUGACAUCAUCUGCAACACGCUCUCCUCCAAGCUGCCCAAGCAGCACGGCGCCAUGUGA